UAUGUUAAAUGCAUUACCCGAAGAAGUUUAUAAUAAAGAAACUCACAAAUCUCAAGAAAAGUUUAAAAAAGAAAUUAUCGAGAAAAGACUGAGUGAUUUAAGUUUAGCAAUGAAUACAAAAGAUUAUAAUGAUUUUCUGAAAAAUUGUGAAAGUACUGUAGGGAACCUUUUGGUGGGAAAUAAAGAUUUUAAUACUAAUAAAGAAAUGUAUGAGGAGGCUAUGAAAAACUUGAAUAAAAUAAUGUAA